CUGAAACCAAGAAGUGUUGAAGAAUGAUGCAUGCCGGUACUUUGAUAACCAUUUUCUGCAUUGUCGGUUUGGGGUAUGCCGCAGAUCCAGAUUUCACGUUCACCUGGAUGGACUGUGCUGCCAAUUUCUUAGAAGUUACAAUCGGUCCAACUUCAACUGGUUCCGUCAAAUUUCAUAUCGUCGAUGUAACUUCGGGCCAAAAGGUGGCAACUGAAAUCCAAGAUUACGGAACAACUGUGGUUUAUACAGUGCCCGAGACGUUGGAUAACAGCGUGGAAAACAAAGUUACUGGUCGUGGUUUUCGGGUGCCGCUUCCAAAAUGUGGUAAUGGACAGUAUGAGCCACAUAUGACGACGUUCGACGGUUACAAGUUCAAUUCCAAUGGUUAUUGUUCUUACACUUUGGUCAAAAGUUGCGAUGACACCGUUUACCCAGACUUUGAAGUCACGGCCGAUUUCAGAGGAAAGAACUAUCCGUACGAACCUCCAACAUUCAUGGUUGCAUUUAACGUCACAUCAAAUGGAAAGCAACUGAUCCGAAUUAACGAGGACGAUUCCGUAUUAAUCAGCGGAAAACCGAUGACUGACUCAUUGACGGUGAUUGACGAUUACGUCGGCAAAGUAAGAAAGGAAAACGGUGUAAUCACAGUAUAUCUGAACGAACUUGGAUUCACUCUCAAUUGGAAAAGACGGGGGCAUGGGAUGUCUAUCACAUUAAACGAUGAGUACCUGCAUGGACGUGUUUGUGGUCUGCUAGGUAAUGCUGACGACAACCCGAAGAACGAUUUUGUAACGCCAGACGGACAAAGGACGUUUGACUCUGUGGUUUUCAGUGAUAGUUGGCAGGUACCUGGCAGUUGUCCUUAACAUAACUGGUCAUUCCCGCAGCACACAUAAUGAAGUUCAAAUCUUGUCCACGCCAUUACAAAUACGUUUCUGAAGAUUUAUUUUCAGUAGUCAUGAUACAUGUAUUUUCGCUGAUUUACUUUGAUUGGGGUUUGGGUGCUAUACAGGUUAUCUAAGCGAAUAUUAAAUCUACUUUGCUUAUUGAACGAUAUUCAUUUGAGACCGAUUGUAACGAAAAUCAACGCUAAUAUUAUACAUUAUUAGUCACACAAGGCAAUAAACUUCAUCAAAAAUG